CAACCCCGUCUGCAGAUCCCGGGGACAAGCCGAGGAGAGGGAGCAAAGACACAGAGGGAGAAGGACCAAAGAACCGUGCGUAAAACUGCAUGGAAAUAUGACGUCUUCGGGCUAAUUCAGACCUGGUUUAGUCCGGGAAUAGUCUUACUUUUAGACCCUGUUUGGACUUAAAGAUGGAAAACUUGGAAAUAUGAAUUGGGCACGAACGAAGCACAGCAAAGCAAUGGAAGUUCCGUAUAGAUAACUGGACAAUAGAUCUCUCCAAGAAGACAAAGAGAAGGGGAGGUUUGGGAGCGCGCUUUGGAUGUGAACUUUUUACGCACGGAACAACGGGAGAAGUGACGCCAGCGGAAACAUGAACCGGCAGCAGCAGCAGCAGACCCAGGGAGUGGUUUUAACGGGUUACCAUAGCAACGCAGAGCUCCUGCCCAAAAGCGAGGCCCCCGGUGCGCACAGCCGCAAAACGGGUCACUACAUAGUCCAGCAGAACCAAAGCAACAGAUAUGGGCAGAAUAUCCCUGUCGCCAGCCCAAAACUACAUGAGCCACAAUGCACUGAAGCAGAGCUCUCUUCCCGCUCCACUAGUCCCAAACCGGAGCAGUCUGCACUACAUUACCCACGAUCCUCCAGCCCCAGACCACAACAAACACAACCCGCCAUCUCCAAACCUGAGCCGAGUGGACUACAUCACCCGCAAUCCUCUGGGGCUCCUCUGUCCUCCAGUCCCAAACCAGGGUCUAGUCCAAACACUAGACUCAGACCACGGCCGGCCUGUCUGCGAUCCACCUCACAGGACUCUCUGGACGAGCUGGAGAUGGACGAUUACUGGAAAGAAGUGGAGAACAUCACCAGCUCGACCGAUGGAGAGAGGAGGGGAGAGGGAGAGUCACAGGAGGAGGAGCCGAGCAAGACUCCAGAGGAGGGGGAGCAGGAAGAGGCGUGGCUCGUGGAGGCGGGACUUGCUCGACUGUUUGAUGACUCCGCCCCCCACGAUCAAGAGCAGGACGAGGACAGUGCUGCGUUCCUGUCCACUCUGACACGCUCUCAGGCUGCAGCCAUAGAGCGACGCGUGGCCCAGACUCUGAGGAGGAGGAACAGACAGCAUGUACCUGAUGUGAGGGACAUCUUCAGACCUCCAGAACAACACGAAAAGGAGUUGGUGAAGACGAGUGAAGUGAAUGGAGAGAGUGAUAAAGAGAAGAAAGACGUCUCCUCUACCACUGAGGCUGACACAGAGCUGAAUGUUGAAGUGGCCUUUUCUGAACAGGCUUUAAACUACAAAGAGAACCACCAAGGCCCCAUACAGAGAAACAGCAUCCACGCAGAUGACAAACUACCAAAUUUCAAGUUACUUCGAGAUAAAACGGGCCAGACCAGAAUUGGAGACUUAUCACCACAGGAUAUGAAAAAGGUGCAGCGCUUGGUUCUGGUGGAGAUGACGGCUCUGUUUGACACAGCAGGGAUCGACAUCAAGGCUCAGAAGCCAGUUAAGAUCAGGGCAAGAGAAAGCGGACUGUUCGGAGUCCCUCUCAUUACUUUACUGGAGCAGGACCAAAAGAGGAUCCCAGGAACCAAAGUGCCAAUCAUCCUACAGAGACUGAUCAGUCACAUCGAGGAGGAGGGUCUCGACACCGAGGGACUGCUCAGGAUCCCAGGAGCCGCCACAAGGGUCAAGGCUUUGUGCCAGGAUCUGGAGUCCUCCUUCUACGAUGGCCGUUUUUCCUGGGGUCAGUUAAAGCAGCAUGACGCGGCCAGUUUAUUAAAGCUGCUGAUCAGAGAACUGCCCCUCCCCCUGCUCAGCGUGGAGCACCUCAACGCCUUCAUCGCCGUCAACAAGCUUCCCACUAAAAAGCAGCAGCUACAAGCUCUGAAUCUCCUGGUGCUGCUGCUGCCAGAGCCCAACAGAGACACACUCAAGGCUCUGGUGGAGUUUUUCCGUCGUGUCAUCGAGCAUCAAACCCAAAACCGCAUGACCCUGAACAAUGUGUCCGUCGUCAUGGCGCCCAACCUCUUCAUGUUCAAAGGUCAAAGGGCAAAGGUCACGCAGCAGCAGGAGGUUGCCAUGGCAACCAGCACCGCUAACAUUGUGCGACUGCUGAUCCGCUACCAGGACCUUCUCUGGACUAUUCCAAAGUUCAUCCUGACGCAGGUCCGUCAGCAGAACAUGGAGAGUCAGAGGAAACAGAACAAAGAGCGUGCAGUCAGGAAACUGCUCAAGAAGAUCACCACUGACAAGCAGCCGGAGAAGAGUGCUCCAGAGGAGAGUUCUCAGGGCUUCAUCCGUGUUCAGGCUCCUCAGUUCAGUAAAGUGUCGAUGGCGGUGCAGCUCACAGAGGACCUGCAGGCUGCAGACGUGCUCUCACGAUUCCUCAGCCAAGACAGUUCAGUGUCUGUGAAAAGGGAUGAGCUCUGUUUAUAUGAAAUCGGAGGCAACAUCAAGGAGCGGUGUCUAGACGGGGAGACCUACAUGAAGGACCUGUUCCAGUUGAAUCCUGCAGCAGAGUGGGUGAUCCGUGUGGUCCAGCGAUGAUCCCUGCUCUCACCUCUGUACCUGUGUAGUUUUAAAUACCUUCUCAUUCAAAGGGAAACAUGCUGCCUCUUCUCUCAAACGGACACACACGUUUUUAACCCGAUUAAAGUCUUGGCACUGGUUGUCAAUGGCUUAUUAUUAUAUAUAUAUUUUUUUACAUUUUUUAAAGGUGCUGUACCUGAUUUUUACUGUCUUAAAAACAGAUCUAGUUCAUUUUAAACAUUUUUCAAUGGUUCCUCAUUUACAUUAUGCAUUUAGAGCAUCCAGUUAUUCACCAUGAUGAGGUAAGUUUCACAGCUCUCAGAGACUAGAGUGGACGAUUGCUGUCAGAGUAAUGCUAGCAACUAGCAUGCCAACAUCAAACUUCCUGUUUAUCAGUCAAUAAAACACUUUUUAAUUGGAUACAGACAGCUCACAGUGGACUAAUUUUGACUUCAGGAGCUGCUUUUACAAUGAAUAUGUAUAUACUUUUGCUCAAAUAUAUGGAAGAAAAUCAGGUACAGGCCCUUUAAUGUAAUGCCUUACUACCACCUUUAACCUUUUCAGCCUUACUGUACAUAGGUGCGUGGUGGAAGAGUAGUUAGCACUUCAGCCUUACAGCAGAAAGGUCCCUAGUUCAAUAUAUAAUAGGUUGUGUUCACAUGAUAUCAGCACAUUGUAGAAUCCCUGUAGUUUAAAGGGGCACUAUGUAACUUCUAUGGGUCCGCUUCUUGCUUGAUCCAUUGAGAUGUUAUUUCUGUGCCUGGAAUGUCUUCUAGCUUAAAAAUACCUUUAAAAACAUGAACUCUUACCAUAUGCAGACUCGCUUUUCCAUAGGUCUGACGAUUAACCUGUCUCCAUUGUGAUUACCAAGUUUAUUUUCAUACUGUGGAAUAAUCAAGGCAAAACAGUAAUGUCUCCACCGUAACAAGAAGGUUUCAGAACCUUUCAGAGAAAAGUUACAUAGUGCACCUUUAUUAACACUUCAGAGAAUGAAGGCUACUGAUACUAAGAUCAUGCCUUUUUUUCCAAAUUAAUUCAUUUAUAUGGAGCAAAAAUUCAAACCACUGUCUUGUAUUCAUCAAUGACACAUGUAAUGCACUGUGAUUUAAGUCCAAUUAUCAUUUUGUUCCUGUAACCACUGAUUAAGUCUGAUAUUUCUGUAUUUAUUUCCUAAUGAAGUGUUAAAGCUGCUCAUGUGAUUUCUGUUGAGUCACAACUUUAAAUAUGUUUUUGACAAUCAUGGUCUGAACUAAACCACAGCACAAUGACAACUCUGCAGGUCAAUGUUUGAGUUGUGGGAACUUUUUCAGGAGACCUAAAAUAUAUGGUGAAGAAAUUUGGUUGCCUUUUAGACUUUUAUUUCACUAGAAAAUGAAAUUUUGAAUGAAACAAAACACAACUCCAGGUAUGUUUUGAUGAGGAAACUACAUUAUAACAUAGAUCAGAAAAUAUCAUAUGGGCACUUUAAAUACAACUCAAAUCAAGAUUAAUAUGCUGAAUUAAAGUCAUUUACACAGAAACACAGAUUAUUUUUUUUACAGUGUGGUCUUUUGUUUUCAUUAUUUUGAUAAAGUUGUAUUUUGAGUAUUGCUGAUCGUGAACAGGCCUGUGAGAUUCAUUGUAACUGUGAAUGAAACUUUGGGAUGAUAUUUUUUUGUGUUUUGCCUUUGAGAUGAUAACCACUAAAAUAUGUACAUUAUGUAAAUAAAUUCUUUUGAUUGUU